AUGUUUGUGCAAGCCAAUGAUGGGCCAAUGUUUUUGUGCCACGAAGAAGGAGAAUUUUUCUACACGGAACCGAUAGAUAUUUCAGAGCCGAUUGUAAAUUUUAAUGUAGUGAUCAACCUGCUAGACAAUGAUGAUGUUAUUUGGCUUGGAUUCUUUGCUCCUCAGGGGGAUGAUGGUGUUACCAUUAAUUGUAAGGUUUCAGACAUGACUGUGGGUAUCUUUACCCCAGGGAUUACUCCUGCACCUACAACUACAGAUUUGGAAGUAGCGACGAUAGAUGCUGAGAAAGAAGAUGGCGAGUUACACGGGGAUAUAGAGGGUGUUUAUAUAGGAAUAGGAGUGGGUGUUGGUUUAUUGGUAAUCUGUAUCCCGGUGGUAUUGGUGCUCAUUUUCAGGAGAAGGCUAGUAUUGCUUUUGUUUAAAUCCAUUCUAUGUCGCUACUUUAAGUCAUUAGAUGGAUGGGCCACAAGCAUAACAAACUAA